CAGUCGUUCCACCAGUUCACCUUCAGUCUCGGUCAGUGAGUGCCGCGCAGUCGAACGAUCGGUCGUUUCGCGGAUUCGCGCUACGAAUACCAAAAUGGCGUACGACAAACUCUUGAUCCUUCUAGCAGCGAUAUCACUGGUGAGUGCUGACGUGUCACACAUUCUGGAAGACCCGAGCACGGAGCCUCCCCCGCCCCUGCCAUACUCCUUCUCGUACACGGCGGGAAGGUAUCCUGGCCAUGCGGACAGACAGCACUCCGAAGUCAGUGAUGGUAGUGGAGUGGUUAAGGGAUCGUUCUCCUAUGUGGACCCUAGACAGAAGAUCCGAACAGUGGACUACGUAGCGGACAGGGAGGGCUUCCACCCUGUGCUCAGCGACGUGCCUCCCGAACAUCCCUCCGACUCGGAGUCAGUGGCCCAGGCUAAAGACAGGCAUUUCCAACUAUACGCUAGAAUAGCUGAGGAACACGCACAUCCUGAAAACAUAGUACCCUCAGUCCCACGUCAAACGGAAGCAGUAGCGGCUGCAGCAGCCAAGCACGCGCAACUGUUUAGGGUAAUCGCAGAACAACACGCACGCAUCGCAGCAGAAAGAGAAGCGUUACAAAGGGAAGAAGAAGAGAGGCAGCACUUGCAGGAGUUGCAGGAGAUCGGAAAUUAGAAGAAUGAACUCCAAAGAACGAACAGGCACUAACACUCGAUUACUGCUGAUAUACAUAGGUUAAGCUUCCUUAAAACCGUUUCUAUUAAGCAAGGAAUUAA